GGCUUCUUGACGCAGUUACUGCUAGCUUCUGGGUGAAUCUUUGCUUCAGGUGCGGGGAGCCUCCAGGCUUGGGUCAGGUCCUCCAAAUCGCUGGGCUUGGGGGACAGCGGGCUGAUUGAGCAGACAGGAAGGUGGGCGUGUCGCAAACAGUCGGCAUCUAAUUAGCGAGGCCAGAAUCAAACUUUUCCUUCCCUUUGCAGCACUCCCCGAUUUCUCCUGGAGGAUGUGGCUGGGGUUCCAGUCCUACCUAACGUCUUAGGCGGAUUGACCAUCCCCAGAAGAGCUCAAGUCGAGCACAGACAAUAAUCCUGCCCUUUCCAGAAAGUGUCUGUGGGAUUUACGCCCUGUGCGCUAGAGAAAACCCACUGUGUCUCCUCACCUUCCCCCACCCGCUCCACGCACACCUUAUAUUGUUUGAAAUCUAAGUUUCUCCUUAAACAAGGUGUCCUGUGGGAUCUAGUGCUGUCUUUAGGCUGGAGGUCCUAGCAAGAGGGUCCCAGCCUCUGGGUGGAAACUAAGACCAAGUUCCAAGUGUGUUUCCAGAACCAAGGGGAAUUGGGUCAACAGCCAAGAUGUCGCCAGUGGGAAAGAUGUCACAAGUACAGAAUGGCAAAGUCUACCAGCAGAUCUUCCACGCCCAGGUGCAGCUGGUUCAGUCCCUGGCAGCCACCAGGAAGCGGGCUGCAGAGCAUUCUGAGACUCCAAAGAACGUCAAGACACCCAUGAUGAAGAAGGUGCCGCUACCUGAGGGGGAGACUAUGACCCCUCGGCAGAGGAAGUGGGUGCAUAGCCUCCCCAACGACGGGGUCACGGAAAACCCAGUUCUCUAUAGGGAAAAGGAAGAAGCCAGGAAGGAGAUGGAGCGUCUGACAGAGGACAUGAUUGCUUCCCAAGAGGUGCAGGGCCUCAUGGACAUCAUAGUUCCCGAGAAGGUGAGCAACCUCCAAGAGUAUGAAGACCACAAGAAGAGGAAGUACCUGAGGGCGCUGGCGAGCUUUCAGGAAGAGUUGGAGCAGAUUGGGGUGGAGUUGGAACCUCUCAUCCUGGAGAAAGGGAAACUUCUUCUGAAAAAGAUCUCAAAGUCUGAUGAGGACGUUGACAAGCUCUUCAAGAACGUCGAGAUCGAACCAGACCUCGAUAGCUACACUAUCGAAACCCUGUUGGAACUGUGGGAAAAGGUGGCUGAAAGAUUCAUGCAGCAGAAGCAGGAGAUUAAGGAGCUGGAUGAAGAGCUGUUGGCCCUGGAGUUUUCUCGAGCUGACAAGCUAAAGGAAGUGCUGAAGAAAUAUGUCGGCAUCAUAGAGAAAACCGCCUACAUCCUGCAGCCCGACGUAUAUAGGCUGAUAGAUAAAGAAGCCAUGGCCAUGAACCAGGCUCUCCUGGGCAACCGGAGGGCCAUCGCUCAGCUGUUAGUCAACCUGACUGAGGCCACCCUACAGCAGGAACUUGACAACCGCCACCGCUGGCAGAGCCUGGUGGACACCUGGAAGGCCCUCAAGAAGGAGGGCCUGAUACAGCGCUUCACUGAGUUCAUGGCUAGCGAGGAGAUCCAGGAACCCCCAGAAGUGAAGAAGGAACUAGAAGAAAUGCAGAAGAACCAGGAGGUCCUUCAAAAAGUGAGGCUUGACCACCUCUGCACCAUCUGUAACCUCCUGCCCCCUAACUAUAACAAAAACCAGCUGACUGAGUGGUAUAACUCUCUCACUUCCCUCAACAAGCAGCUUGACACCUACCACAUGGACAGCAUGUCACUGGUACACUUCCUGUAUGAGAAAGUUUGGCAGCAGUGUCUGUCCCGUGUGCAGGAAUGCAAGCAGCAGCUGUUGGAGUGGAAAGCCUUUUCUGAAGCAGAGGCAGAGAGCCUAGUGAACCCAACCUUCUUCCUGAUGGUGGGGGAGUUCCAGAGCAAGGUGGAGAAGCAGCUGGAGCUCCUGGAUAGCUCCUUUGAGAUUUUGGCCAAGGACACGGAAUUGAAGAGCUCGGACCUCUUCAGGUACUUCCAAGAGGCAGUGAAGCUGUGGGAGGGGCACCAGAGUGUCCUGUUGACCCAAGAGCUGGAGCUGGAGAAGAGGAUAGAGCAGCAUCGACAGAAGCACAACCAGGAGACCCAGAACCAAGAGACUUCCCUUGAUAAGCUUCUAGACCAACUGAGACAGCAAAGCCAAGAAGAGUCACUGAAGAUACACAUGGAUAAGGCCAGGACAUUUCUGAAGAACAUGAAGUCCAGGUAUGAAUGUUUUCAUAUCCUGCUGACCAAAGAAGUGAUGGAGUACCCAGGGUUAGUGCUGAAAGAACUCAACUGUUACAGCUUCACCCUCAGCCGACACUUCUUCAUUCGUGAAAUCUUUGAGCAGAACUUGGCUGGGGAAGUGAUUUUUAAAUUCAGGCAACCAGAAUCCCACGAGAGACACUUCAUGCGGAAGAUAAGGAAACUGAAGAAAAAACAAAGGGAGAGAAUGGGAGCACACAAAGGUGAAGAAAGCGUAGCUCCCAAGAAGUCAGCAGAGGACAUGAAAGAAGAGGGAAGCGAAGGAUCCGAACCCAGCCUGACUGAAGGGGGGCCUUCCCAAGAAGCUGAGGAAAUACAGGGCCUGAGAGAGACCUCCUCGGAGGCAUCUCAGGACCUAGAAAAUCUGAGGGCUCCAGAAGAGAGGGAAGAGAUAGGGGAAGAAGAGGAGGAAGAGGAGAGAGAAGACGAAGAAAUAAAAGAGGAGAGGGAAGAGGAGGAAGUAAAAGAGGAGAGGGAAAAGGAAGAAGCAAAAGAGGAGAGAGAAGAGGAGGAAGCAAAAGAGGAGAGAGAAGAGGAGGAAGCAAAAGAGGAGAGGGAAGAGGAGGAAGCAAAAGAGGAGAGGGAAGAGGAGGAAGAGGGAGAGGAAGAAGAGGAGGAGGAGGAGGAGACAAUAAGAGAGGAUGAGGAGGAUGAAGACGGUAUGAAUGAAGACGAGCUGGAGUACUAUCAGGAAACCUAUCCUAUGGGUCAGGAGGAAGAGGUCAUGGAGGAGAUUUCCUGUGAAGAAAUGGAGUUCUUCACAACUGCAAGCGGGAACACGUACUUUGCCUUCCUGUCUGUGGAAGAUGAGCAACAAAUACACAGUAGGCCCCAUUCCCAGCACACCGUGUUCUUCCAUGACUCUUUCAGCAACAAGUACAUAGAGAAAGUGGCUGUUCCUGACAAACUAAUCCUAAAGAUUAAGAAACGGAUUCGAGCUGGCUUCUUUGAACAUCUUGAGAAAUGGUUCGACCAAAGUGCCCUCAACGCUCGGAUCGUUGUGGCUACCAAGGUCGACGAGCUGAAUUCGGAGCUGGAGCUUCGGCUGCACCUGCACAAGCCAAGACUCAAGCAAGUGGAGAAGGAUAUUCACAAUGUCAGAGCAGCCGAGCUCCUACUUCACCAGGAGAGGCUAGACAGCCACUGUGCCGGUGUGAUCGAGACGUUGAAGAAGGAGAGGCUCAUGUUCUGUCAGUUCCAAGAAGAGCAAGCCGUACGGAGCAAAAACUUUCGCCGCAAGAUCUACGACAUGGAGCACAUUUUCUUGAACGCCACUAAAAGCCAAAAGCUGGCUCAUCUCACCAAUACACUACACCGGGAGCUGCUCAGCUACGUGGACGUCAUCCAGGUAUCCCUGCGAAGCUUCCGGCAAUACCUAGAAGAGAGUCUGGGCAAACUCCGCUACACCAACAUUGACUUUGUCAAACACUGCAGAUUGUUUUCAGAGGGCGGCAACUUUUCCCCUGAAGAAGUUGAGACGCUGUGCCACCGACUGGAGAAGGAGGCUACCCGGAUUGAGUUCGUCGAAAGUUUGAUCAUGAUCCACAUGGAAAAAAUGGAGACAGAGUACCUGGACCAGGCCAAUGAUGUCAUCAACAAAUUCGAGAGUAAAUUCCAUAACCUAUCUUCGGACCUUAUUUUCGUAGAGAAAAUCCAGAGGCUGAUGACCAAUCUUCAAGUGAAUAUCAAGUGUCAGGUGGCGAAGUCCAACUCCCAGGCGGAAGGGUUAAACUCUUCUCUGGAACAGCUUCAACAGAAGAUACAAACGUGUCAGGGCCACCGGGGAGACAAGGACAACGUGACCACAGAUGAUCUCCUUGCCUUUGUCCGAUCCUGGAAAGAAAAACUGAGCCAGAGGAUUAAGUACCUCAACUGCAGCCUGGACGUGGUGUCCAUCACUCAGGAGGUCUUUACGGACACCAUCCUGACUGAUGCUGAGAUGGAGAGCGAGAUCCAAAUGUCUUCAGAGGCCCUCGAGGAGGAAGCCAAGGUGGGCCUUGUCACCCCCGAGUCCUUCGCCCAGCCAACCCGCAUGGGGAGGCCCAUGAUUGAAGACCCUGCUGUAGACGUGGUCAGAAGGAUCCUUCAAAUUUCUCAGGCAAAAUCGACAUGCCCCUGUGACAAGGAACGCUCCCAAACAGUCUUGAAGAGACAUCGGUACCGGGGAGAUAAGACUUUAAAGAAGGCCUUGGCCAGCUCCAGUGUUACCUCAGCGGGGAGCAUGACGCGGCAUUCCAAGUACAUCAGAAUCGACAGAAAGUUCCAGGUGCUCGGGGAAAAGCCUUCUUCUCAGGUUGAGGACUUCAAAGGCAUCAUCCUGAAUCUCCUAUGGGAGAGCAACGAGCACCUGUUGGUUGUAGUGGAGGAUUUUUAUCGUAAAGAGAAACACCCGAUCACCAGGCCUGAAUGCAUGUAUGAAAACUUCGACCAGUGCGCUGACCACAUUGGCAGGAAGAUCCUAGAAUAUCACCACCAGGCAGACGAAUACCACAACUCCUGCCUUCUGGAAUUACGUGCCCAGGUGAGGAGGUUUGAGGAGCUGCUGCCCCAGGUGUGUUGGCUUGUGACAGAGAACUACAAGGAACAGCACUGGAGCAAGUUUCAUGCAUCCAUGAAGGAGGUCCAGGAGCAGUUUGAGCAGCAGCAGAAGCAGCUAGAGAAGGAGAAGGAAGAAAACGCUCAGAAGCUCCAUCCGAAUCUUGGCCACCCCACAUACAGCAGUCAAAUGGAGUCGCUACGAAUCAGGGAGGAGCUGAGGCAGCAGAAGGUGGACCAGAUGAUCUACAUGAACCAGGAGAAGAUGGAGGAAACUGCCAAGAAGUAUGCCCGCUUCUUCAUAGCGAAUUUGGCCUCCUUCACAGAGAGGUUCCUGAUACAGUUGGAUGAAGUGAUCACCAUUGAUGACAUCCAGGUUCCACGAAUGGAGCCCCCAAAGCAGAAAGUAUCCAUCCUCAUACGCAGGAAGCUGGCCAUGCUCUCUCUGGAGGAAGAGAGCGAGAAGCCCCUGAUUGAACGUGGGAGCAGGAAGUGGCCAGGAAUCAAGCCUAACGAAAUCACCAUUCAAAGCAAGAUACUGAUUCGGAGGACGCCAUCAAUAACUACUCUUAAGACCACCCUGGGCCACUUGGCCGCAGUAGAAGCCCGAGACGCUGUCUACCUGAAAUACCUGGCACUGUUUGACAAAGAAAUGAAGAGUAUCCAGGAUCGUUUCAGGACCCUGCUGUUGGAGUCUCGUCGCUGGAAGGAAAGCUGGAAACGCUCCCUUAGCACCAUCCAGACCCUGUACUUGACCCGUCCUCCUCUGUACUUCAAAUAAAGUCUUUAUUUUUCUCCCUGCC